AUGGGUAGCAUACUUCAAUCGUGCCAACUUAUUAAAUGGGAUGACUGUGCUAUGGCACGCAGAAAAGCAUUAAAGGCACUUCAUCAUACACUAAGAGAUUUGAGAGAAAAUGAAACUGCUAUAGGAUCUUGGGGAAACUCUUUGAGAAAGAAGAUAAAUAUUAGAAUCCUUAGAAGAACUCAAAGAAGAAUUCUUCUACGAAUUAUUCGGGGAUAUAGAACUGUUAGUUAUGAUGCGGUCUUUGUUAUCGCUGGUCUUCCGCCUAUUGAUUUAAUUAUCUUAAAUAAUCUUGAAUUAAAGGAGAAGAUAAAAGACAACGAUUGUCUAACCCUGGACGGGAAGCUUCCUAUUUCAUGUUUGCCCCACCCAGCAUGCAGGAAACCUGUUAUAAUUAUUCCUUAUGUAAAUAAUGUUUUUCAGGAAUAUAAAACUAUCUGCUUUACGGAUGGUAGUAAGCUUGAUGGAAGGGUUGGUCUUGCUUUUGUAAUUUAUGAAAAUGGAACAGAGAAUGUUACUGCCAAGCACCGACUACAUAAUGAAUGUACUGUUUUCCAGGCUGAACUUUUGUGUAUAAACCUGGUUGUUAAGUGGAUACAAAAUUCUUUUAGUGAAAACCAAAUUUUUAAAUAUCUCAUUUGUACAGAUUCUCUUUCUUCACUUUUUCUUUUGCGUGACACGACUUCUACUGAGAAGCUUGUGGUGGAAAUUCACUCGAUUUUGAACGCUCUUGAAAACGUAACUAUUCAUUUUUCUUACGUUCGUGGCCAUAGCGGUAUUUUGGGCAAUGAAAGAGCAGACCAAUUGGCUAGGGAAGCUACGUGUGGUGAAAUAGACUUAAGGGUGUCUGUUCCAGCUUCUCACUGGAAGCGCAUCGCUAGAGAUAAAAUCAUUGCGGACUGGAAUGCAGAAUUUCUUGCUUCGCCUCGGUCGCUCUGGACGAAAAGGUUCUUUCCAUCCAUUUUUCACCGUUUGCAAUUCUGUAUGCGAGUGCCCGAAUGA